CUUUGCAGUCGGGCUGGGAGAGGCAGGGACGCAGGUAGGACAACCAGCCCUGGGCUUCCUCCCAGCCCUGGGCCGCCUCGGCUGGGAUCCCCUGGGCUGCAUCAUUGGCAUGCAGCGCCCGGCAGGACUGCAUCACUGCUAGAGCUGAUGCCGGCACAGAGCCUGGUGCACCGCACACCGCGUUGCGCUGCACCGCCGGCAACUUGGGGCGCCCCAGUACCUGGAUGCAGUCGCAGCGGGAUGAUCGGCUUGGCUUGCAGAGCAUUUACUUCUAAUCUCCGGCUUGUGACAUCCUAGCGGAAAGGGACAACGCUUCCAGGAGCUGCUCCACGGGCUAGAAAGAAGGGAAAUGGCUGGUGAAGAGCUAUGAUGAAGUAUUUCCUAGUUCUGGAGAUGACCUUCAGCACCACAAUGAAUCAGGAUAAACCUGUCAAAUCCCUCUAGCUCCCUGGCUGUGCAAUUUGCUGCUCCCUUGCUGUUCACCAGACAGCAGCUCUUCCCACCCAAAGCACAGAAGAAGCCAGCAAGUCACAAAUGACAGCUGAAAAGUGAAGCAUUAUCAAAAGCUGUGUGAGACUGUCAAAGGGAAUCUUUAUAUAGUAAUUCUUCCUCUGAGCCUGGAAAGCUGUAUCCCAGCAGUUCCAGAGAAGCAGAGAGAAGAGAUGUUCAAGUAACCAACAGUAGAAACUGCACGGAUCAAUACAUAUAUUAGAGCAGCCACAGGAAGAGAUCUACAGCAUUUAGAACUCUCCAUUCAGGAUGGAUGAUGGAUAUAGAAACACAAACCUCUAUCAAGGGGGCAGAGGGGGAAACCAAGAUGACUACAGGUACCAGGAUGGUAACUACGAAGGGUACACACCCAACGAUGGCUACUACCGAGGCGGGGAUGAACCCCCUCAGGAAGAGGAUGCCCAGAGUGAUGUCACAGAAGGCCACGAUGAAGAUGAUGAGGUCUAUGAGGGGGAGUACCAAGGGAUCCCACACCCAGAUGACAUUAAAGAAAAGCAGAAGAAGCGAGCUCCUGCUGUGGAUGAUGACUACAGAGACCGUGCUGACCUCAUGGCAGAGAGGAUGGAGGACGAGGAGCAGCUUGCCCACCAGUACGAGAACAUCAUUGAGGAGUGUGGCCACGGACGCUUCCAGUGGACUCUCUUCUUCGUUUUAGGCUUGGCACUGAUGGCAGACGGGGUGGAGGUGUUUGUUGUUGGAUUUGUUCUUCCCAGUGCCGAGAAGGAUAUGUGCUUGUCCAGCUCGAACAAGGGGAUGCUAGGCUUGAUAGUCUACCUAGGGAUGAUGGUGGGAGCUGUUCUGCUGGGUGGCCUCGCUGAUAAACUGGGAAGAAAGAAAUGCCUCAUGAUAUCACUUGCAAUCAAUGCUGCCUUUGCACUCCUCUCCUCCUUUGUCCAGGGAUACGGAUUCUUCCUCUUCUGCCGCCUUAUCUCAGGCCUCGGUAUUGGGGGAUCCCUCCCCAUUGUGUUUGCCUAUUUCUCUGAAUUCCUGUCUCGUGAGAAGAGAGGAGAACACUUGAGUUGGCUCUGCAUGUUCUGGAUGAUGGGUGGCAUUUUUGCCUCAGCGAUGGCUUGGAGCAUCAUCCCACAUUAUGGCUGGGGGUUCAGUAUGGGAACCAAGUACCACUUCCACAGCUGGAGAGUCUUUGUACUUGUCUGUGCUCUGCCCUGUAUCGCCUCCCUGGUGGCACUGAAGUUCAUGCCUGAAAGCCCAAGGUUUUUGCUGGAGAUAGGUAAACAUGAUGAAGCCUGGAUGAUCCUCAAGCAAGUUCAUGACACCAACAUGCGGGCUAAGGGCGAGCCAGAGAAGGUGUUUACGGUUUCCUAUAUCAAAACUCCAAAGCAAGUAGAUGAAUUUAUUGAAAUCCAGAGCUCCACAGGGACCUGGUACCAGCGCUGGCUGGUCAGAAUCACGACUACUCUCAAACAGGUCUGGGACAACGUGCUAUAUUGUUUAACAGCCCAGUACAGGAUGAACACACUGAUGCUGGCUGUGGUUUGGUUUACAAUGGCCUUAAGUUACUAUGGCCUUAUUGUCUGGUUCCCUGACAUGAUCCGCUAUUUCCAAGACGAGGCAUAUGAGUCCCGAGUGAAGAUCUUCGACGAGGAAGAAGUGUCCCACUUCACCUUUAAUUUCACCCUGGAAAACCAGAUCCACAGAAAUGGGGAGUACAGAAAUGAUAAAUUCAUUGGCAUGAAAUUCAAGGAAGUGAGGUUUGAGGAUUCGUUGUUUGAGGAAUGCUACUUUGAGGAUGUGACAUCCACUGAGACCUUCUUUGAAAACUGCACCAUCAUCUCCACUGUCUUCUAUAACACUGAUCUCUACGAACACAAAUUCAUCAACUGCAGGCUCAUCAACAGUACAUUUAUGAAGGAGAAAGAAGGCUGUCACUUGGACUUUGAGGAGGACAAUGAUUUCCUGAUCUACCUGGUCAGCUUCCUAGGCAGCCUGUCUGUGCUGCCAGGCAACAUCAUCUCAGCAUUACUCAUGGACAAGAUAGGGAGAAUAAAGAUGAUUGGUGGCUCCAUGUUGAUCUCAGCAGUGUGUUGCUUCUUCCUCUUCUUUGGCAACAGCGAGUCGGCAAUGAUCGGCUGGCAGUGCCUCUUCUGCGGGGCCAGCAUCGCCGCCUGGAACGCCCUGGACGUGAUCACCGUGGAGCUCUACCCCACUGACAAAAGGGCAACAGCCUUUGGCAUCCUCAAUGGGCUUUGCAAGUUUGGUGCCAUCCUGGGGAACUCAAUCUUUGCCUCCUUCGUAGGGAUAACCAAGGUGGUUCCCAUCCUUCUGGCUUCCUCUGCUCUGGUCGGCGGUGGCCUGCUCGCUUUGCGCCUGCCAGAGACUCGAGAACAGGUCCUGAUGUGAGCAGCUGAGGCCAGGGGCAUCAGGGGGUGCAGACAGAAGAACAAAUAAGAGCCAUUUUUGGAGAAAUCAAAAUGUCCAUUUCUACACUGUUGUGUCAAUACCUCAAGGGAAGAGGACAGAGGGAAAGAAGACCCCAAAGGGAUAAAACUUCAACCACUAGUUUCUGAUCCUUUUACAGCCACAACUGGUGCAUGCAGCUACCACACACCCCUUGCAGAGCUUGGGUUUAACCUUGCCUACACUGGGAGUCUACCUUUUCCCUCUCCAUCCUGGUGCAGCAACACAGGACGUGGACAGCAGCUUGUGCAUGUGUGUGCCUGUGUGGGUGUGAGCGUGUCCAGCAGGACAGCAGAUCCUGACCCCCUUAUGCCUUUGCUGAGCUGUGAGAUACCUCCUGCCUUGCCCAGCGCUCCUUGGCAGUUCCUACCAGCUGUGCUCAGACACGAGGGGCAGCCGAAGGGGAGGCAGGUAACAAAACUACUGUAGCUGAGCUCCAGCAAAAGGGACAAGAGCUACAAAUGACCCUGGCUGGCUUGAUUUUUGAGGUGAACCAACUGAAAGAGUGACAGAGCUCUGAUUCCUGAAGGAUAUGAGGGUGGCUGCUUGGCACUCUCAGAAGAAUUGGCGUCUCAAAGCCCUUUACUGUCUUUACAUGGGCAUAGAGAAUGAAUAGGCACCUUCUUGGUCUGGGAGAGAAAUAAAUAGAUAUAAAUAUACAUAUAUAUAUAUAUGUAUUUACACAUAAAUUUACAGAUAUUGAAGUGAUCAGCUACUGAAAUGUAUGAUUUCUAGUAUCUGCACCCUCAAGAAGAUCUUAAGAGGGACACUUAAAUCUUGUUCCACUAACUCAAGAUUAACUGGAGUCACGACCAGUUCAGCAACACUUCCUCCUUUAUGUCCAGACACGAAAUAUUGCAAUGCAUUGAUGGUGGGGAAUAUAGAUUUCUAUGAUGGUGAUGAAGACUAUUUUUUUUCCUGCAGCUUUCACAGAGGAGAGAUUCCAAUGAUAUUGCAGCACUCCACAAACCAAAUGUGUACAUAUUAUCCAGUGUAAAUAGGAGACUUCUUUUUUUCCCCCACUACCCCCUUGGUCUGAUACCUAGAGUAUGGUAACUGUGAUUUUACCAGCAUUUUAGCCAUAUGAUUUAAGGACUAUGAUGCUUCUUAUCUACUUGGGUCUCACUGAAGCACUGUAAGCACAGUUACUCAAAGCCAUUUAACUUGGGGCGCAGGGAAUGCCCACAGCAAGCUUUCAGCUCUACAGAACACAACGUUCUCCAGGAGGGGGCACAGUUCAGUUUGAUCUCCUGUCAAAACCAUCCUUGACAUUCACGUGCCCUUUGGGGUUUUUUCAGCAUAUGACUUAAAAGUCUUGGUGCACCUAGGAAAUGAGGGAGUUGUGUAUUUUUCUGAUAUAUCUUCUCAGGAAGCAUGGAAUGAAACACACACAGGCAAAUAACACCCUGAUGCUCUCAAGUGGCUAGGUAGCGAUAACUGGGACCCUUCCCACAAGCUCAGCCAUAGACAAGAACUGAUCAGGAACCAUCACAUCAUGCAGCAGAUCUGUCCCAGUAGGAUAUCUUGUGACAUAAACAAUGAUUUUGUAUGUGCUCUUUGGGGUUUUUUUUGCUGGCUUUGCUUUGGUUUUCCUCUCUUUUUUGGUUGUUUCUUGGUUUGGGUUUGUUUGUUUCUUGGGUUUGUUUGGUUUGUUUCUUGGUUUGGGUUGGUUUGUUUCUUGGGUUUGUUUGGUUUGUUUCUUGGUUUCGGUUGGUUUGUUUCUUGGGUUUGUUUUGUUUGUCUGUUUCUUGGGUUGGUUUGUUUCUUGGGUUGGUUUUGUUUGUCUGUUUCUUGGUUUGGUUUGAUUUGUUUCUUGGGUUUGUUUUGUUUGUCUGUUUCUUGGUUUGGUUUUGU